AUGAUGAGAUUUUUAAUACUUGCACUAUUAAUAAGCACAGGGAAUUGUGAUUUAUCAGAUUUUUCUUCAUCAAACUACAGUUCAGCAAUGUCUCAAGCAGUUGUUGACUACAUACUAAACUUCUAUUGCAACACUUCAUCAACACUCAAUAUUUAUCACAUCUCACAGUCGGAAUACAUGAAUAAUAAUUUGGAUGUAAUGAAUGAAAUCCUUUAUCAUGUAAAGACGAAGAUUGUUACACAAAUUGACAGUUUAAUGGAUCUGAAAAUAUCAAUUAAAAAGGAAGUCAGCAAUUUAAUUUUUGUAGAUUCGUUAGAAUCCUUUAAAAUAAUCACUGAGCAAUUAGAGUACGAUAAUUUUGAGUACCAAGGAUAUUAUUUGAUACUGUUAACAAAAUAUUCAAAUGAUAUUUACAUGUGGAUGCUGAAAAUGUUUGAGGCUUUAUGGUCUAAGAAAAUUAUUAAUGUCAACAUAUUAUUUAUGCUACCAGAAAACACUAAUGAUGCCUAUAUGUUUACUUACUAUCCUUACUCAAGAUACUACUGUGAAGAUGUUGUUCCUAUUCAAUUGAAUCAAUUCAAAGAUAAUCAAUGGAUGAAAAAAGUUGAUUAUUUCCCAAAAAAGUUAAGAAAUUUCUUUGGAUGUCACUUACAUGUUGCUACAUUCAAUAAUCCACCAUUCAUGAUAGUUAAACAGGAUCAAAAUGGUGUCGUUACAGUUGAUGGCGUUGAUGGUAUACUUCUUCGCGUCUUAGCACAACGAUUAAACUUUAAUGUUAAUCUUCACAUGCAAAAUGAACUUUUUGGCUCAAUUUUUAAGAAUGGAACUACAACUGGAGCUAUUAAGAUGAUUAUAGACUCGGAAGUUAACUUCACAUUGGGAUUUUUUGCAUCAAUGCCUAUGCGUGACGCUAUCAUGCAACCAAGUUUCGUCUACUUUACAACCAAUCUACUCUGGAUUGUCCCGCCUGGUAAACCAAGAAGUGCUUUAGAGAAAUUGACAAAUCCAUUGAAAUACAUGGUUUGGGUCUUAACAUCAAUAUUGAUUGUAAUUGGAUUUAUAGUCAUAGCUUUAAUUAAAAUGCAGCCUCUCGUCGUGCAGAAAUUCGUAUUUGGCAAUAAGACACAAAGUUCAGGAAUGAACUAUAUUAAUGUAAUUUUGGGCAAUUCACUUCAUCAAGUUGCAACCAGGAAUUUUUCAAGAUUCAUGUUUAUAGUCGCUACAAUUUGCUUCUUUAUCAUCAGAACAUGUUAUAGCAGUGGACUUGUGAAAUUCAUGCAAAUGGACACAAGGGAACAACAUAUCACUAGAACUUCACAAUUAUUGGAACAAAAUUUCACAUUUUAUAUGAAAAAAACUGGCACUGGUCGAGAUUAUGUUUUAAACAUGCCAGAUGUCCUGCAAAGAGUGAAAUUACUGUCAAAUCCAGAGUUUGAUUCAAAGUUAAAGGAUGUAAUGAUCGAUCCAUCGUAUAGAGGAGCAUUUCUUACUACAACAGGUCACUUAGCUUACCGAAAUCGGAAUUUAUAUCCAAAAAAGUUUCACGAGUAUGCACCAAAGCCUUUAUAUUCUCUUAACAUUGUAAUUUACAUGAACUUGGGGUCAUGCUUAACAGUUUACUUCAAUGAAAUGCUCAUGGAAUUCAUUAGCAAUGGAUUAAUUAACAAGUGGGCAUCUGAAUUCAUUGACGAAAAAUAUCUGAAGAAGCUUGUUGAAGAUGAACUUAAAAGUUUGACUUUGCAGCAGUUAGAAGGAGCAUUUCAGCUACUGAUCGGUGGUCUUGUAAUGGGAUCUUUUGUAUUUUGUUUAGAAGUUCUUAUAGGAUUGGAUGUAAUACAAAAGAUUAAGAUGCGGAAAGGUAUCAACAGCAAGUUAUUCAAAAAGUCAAAGAAGCUUAAAAUAUUUAAAGUAAAAUGA